CAGCAGGGUCCAGCUCCUUGCGGGAGCCCUACAACUGGGGAGGCCUGACCGGCCUGGGGCAGCCGGGCAGGCCGCCAUCCCCCGGGAGGGGGCGUGAGCGGGGCGGGGCCGGAACGUCUUUCUCCGGGGCCGCGCCCCGAGGCGGGCAGAGUUACUCGCCGCACGGAUCAUGGCCGCAGCCGUACUGGGGCAGAUCUGGGCCCGAAAACUUCUCCCUGCCCCUUGGCUUCUGUGUGGCCCCAGGAGAUAUGCCUCCUCCAAUUUCAAGGCUGCAGACCUGCAGCUAGAAAUGACACAGAAGCCUCAUAAGAAGCCCGACCCCAGCGAGCCCCUGGUGUUUGGGAAGACAUUCACCGACCACAUGCUGAUGGUGGAAUGGAGUGACAAGAAGGGCUGGGGCCAGCCCCGAAUCCAGCCCUUCCAGAACCUCACCCUGCACCCGGCCAGUUCCAGCCUCCACUACUCCCUGCAG